AUGGCUUCUUCUUCUGACGAUGGGAGGAUUCUCCUUUAUUAUCAGCAGACCAAGAGAGAACAUCAGUACCUGAAGAAGAAGACAGAGCAGUUCACAGAGUCUUUGAGGAAGGUCGACACCAUGUAUGAAGCUAUGCUGGAACACGAACUGCGGAUGAACGAUAUGGACCAGAGGCUCACGGCACUCACUGAAGAUAACAAUUCUAUUAAAGAGUUAUUCAGGAAGAUGGGUUCGGAUGAGCACGGACGAUUCGAAAAAGCAUCUUUGGAAGUGCAGAAUCUCUCACGCAAAGUCUUACGGGUUGAAACACUGGAGAAAGAGCAUAGUAAUCGCGUCCAUAAUAACGGCAUCUUACUUCGCGACAUCCAAUACAAGCUCGCACAACUCGAGGAGACGGUGGAGGAGUUGCCGAAGUCAAAGGGCAAGGCGACCAAACAUCCAGAUCAUUCGGAGAUAGGUCGUCUGGCGAAAGAAGUCGAGUCACUGCGAGGGUUAUUGUACGAGCAAGGCACGAGUGCAAAGAAGCUCAGGCAGGAUUUUGACGAAGUGAAAGCAGUGGUUCAACAGGGUGGGGAAGGCAUUGCACAAGCAAGAGCACAAACAAGGGAGCCGAAUACACAGCCGAGGCCAAGGUCAGAGCCAGAGACACAGAGCAGCGCACAGCCGCAGACGCCAACGUCUGCCAAUGUGAAAAAGCCCGCCAAGCGAAGGCAACCAGUACACAGUACAAGGCUAUCGAAAAGACAGACCAUCAUCUCGUCGAAGGGAUCGGAGAAACCAACACAUACGCCCUCUCUUGCGUUGGAUGCGGGUUCCAGAGGCCUUCCAAUGGCGCGGAUAUCAAGACACACAGAUACUCCGAUUCCUGGGAGGUUGCGAGUGUCAAAAGAACGAUCACCAGUCUCUAAGGCCCCUAGUCGAAGAUCACAACGAAUUAGUGAGAAGAACAAGAGGCAGGCUUCUUCUCAGCCUCAGGUGGAAAUAGCGUUGGAUGGCUACGAGGACGCAGGACCAAGGUGCCCGCCCAGCCAGAGGCCGUUGAUGGUCCACAUGAACCAUUCAUACCCGCACAUUCAAGGGCUGCCACGAUCAUCCGAAUCCGGUGAUGCGAUAGGCACCAGAUCAGAGACAGAGCAGCGUGCAGCGUCGAGACUCAGCGGCUGGAGACAGGAUCAGGAAUAUCAAGAUGCGCCUGCAGAGCGUUCAGCGCAGCAUGAGAAUUACCCUCGCAAGCCGCCUGCCCUGGUUCCUCAGCCUCGUAAGAGAAAGAAGCGCGAGCUGCCUCCGAUGAAGCCCUUACCACCGUACGAAGAAUGA